GAGUGCUGGCUGCCCUGUCCUCCCUCCUCCCAGCUCCACUCCUGUGCUGGAGCCUGCACUCUACUCCUGGUUUUACACCUGGUCCCCGGGGCCGCCUCACGGCCUCCUGCUGCUGUUUACUGAGCUCUUGUCCUGAUAUCACUCCGCUGGCAUGAAGGAGGAGGAAGCCGAGAGAGAGGAGGAGGAGGAGAGCACUUGAUCAUUGUGAUGGUGGCAGGAGGAGCAAAAACAGCAGAAGCAACAGCAUUAGCAGAGCCGUGCUCUCCCAGCUCCUUCACCAGCCUUCAGUGCUCUACUUUUUUUUUUUUCUUUUUUGCUCUUGCUGUGUGUUCUCUCCCCCUGACCACCCUACCUACCUCUCCCUCCUCCCCCUCCUCUUCUCUCAAUCAGGAUUUAUGACUUUAUGUAGAAACAGAUACAUUGAUUUGGCUGCUUCUUCUGUGCACCCCCCUUGUCCAUGUCCCUCAUCCCCCCCACCUCCUCUCUUCUUUUAAUAUUCAAGAGAUCCACCAAAAAGUACUUUGGACGCGUUUGCUGGAGACAGCAGUAAAGUUUGUUGUUGGGGUGCCGGUAUGUGAUCAUGCUGGGACUGGGCAGGAGGAGGAGGAGGAGUGAGUGCAAUGUGUGUGCAAGUGUAGAGAUCGCACACUGACACUCAGCAUGUGUGGCCACCUUGGAUCGUUUCUGGGAAUGGAUCAGAAAAGCUGGACUGUGGAGAGGAGAAGACUUGGUCAUCUGAUGACAGCAGCACCUUGGGGUACCAUCCAUGCCGGCUCUGCACCCCAACUUGCCUCCUGAUCCUGUGUAGCACAAAAAAAAAAAGUAGUGGGGUCUGACAGUUUAUUUUUAUUAUAUAUAUAUUAUUUUAUUUUUUUUAGGUGGGGGGGUUUUGCAAACUUCUUUUCCAAAAUAGUGUGCACGGGGACUAGCAUGGGGGAUUUCGCAGCCCCCGCUGCCUCUACCAACGGCAGCAGUCUGUGCAUCAGCAGCAAUGCCCUGGGCAGCGGGGCUGGCACCGGCAUUGGUAGUCACAGUGGUAAUAAUACCCCUCCCAGCACUGCUGCCCCCAAUGCGCCGAACAAUAGCAGCAACGUGAGCAUUCCAAAGCACAGCACCGUGGUGGAGAGGCUCCGGCAGAGGAUAGAAGGUUGCAGGAGACACCAUGUCAGCUGUGAGAGCAAGUACCACCAAGCCCAGGCCGAGCAACUGGAAAUGGAGAGAAGGGACACGGUGAAUCUCUACCAGAGGACACUGGAGCAAAGGGCCAAGAAGUCAGGCACCGGCCAAGGAGCAGCUUCUACCGGCUCUGCUGCGGCUCCGGGCUCUGGGGCUGGGGGAAGCAAACAACAACAGCACCACCAGCAGCAGCAGCACCACCAUCCUCCUCCUCCACCUCCUCCUCAUCACCACCACCAGCAGCACCAGGAUGGAGGAGAGCUAGCGGGCAGCGGCACAGCUGAGCACAGGAACCACACUCUGAUCAUGCUUCAAGAAGCUGUGCAGAAGAAAUUAGAUGGGGCGCGUUCACCGCUUAAUGGAGAGCAACAAAAUGGCAUUUGUGAUGGCAGGUAUUCUCCUUCUGCUAAGCGGCGAAGAAAGGACAUUCAAGGUAUAGACACUCUUAAUAAUAUUUCAAACAUGCCACUCCCUUCGGUGUCACCCCUUCACCAGCUUGAUAUAAAGCCACACCUACCCGUUACUAAUAGCGUGACUCAUUCGGGUGGGGCAGAGGACAUAAAUAAAAAUGGUGGACAGCAAGAUGUUAAGGUAGCAGUAAAUGGUUCUAGCGAUUUGGAGGAGAAUUUUAAUAUCCUCAACAAAGAAAUGAAACAAGAACCACUAGAUGAUGCUUCUGUCAUUGACACUUCUGAUACUUCCCUUUCCAACCAAAACAAGCUUUUCUCGGACAUUAAUUUGAAUGACCAGGAGUGGCAGGAGUUGAUUGAUGAACUUGCUAACACAGUCCCUGAAGAUGAUAUUCAGGACUUGUUCAAUGAGGACUUUGAGGAGAAAAAGGACCUAGACUUUUCCAGGCCUACAGCUCACACGCCGAUUCCUCAAGAAAGUGCCAGUGUAAAGAGUGAUCCAUCUCACUCGCCUUUCCCACAUGUCUCAAUGGGCUCUCCACAGGUUAGACCAUCUUCAUCUGGUCCUUCUUUUUCUAAUGUGUCUUCUGUGUCCAGUAUUCCCUCGGUAUCCAGUGCUCCAUCAACAUUAAUGCUUGCAGGUUCCCCUGCAAGUUGUGUUGUCCAGUCGCCACAAACACCAAAUCCACCUCUUACACCAGGUCAGACCUCAACAAGACCUGGCAAUGGCUAUGUCAUGACACCGACUUCUAGUUCAGGAAAUGGGUCUGUAAACCUCCCAAGUGCUGACUUAUCUCCAGCUGAGCAACUCAAGCAAAUGGCAGCACAGCAACAGCAACGAGCAAAACUCAUACAACAAAAGCAGCAACAUCAGCAGCAACAACAGCAACAACAACAGCAACAACAACAACAACAUACAAACCAGCCAUCUAACUGGUCGCCUGUAGGGCCUCCAACUAGUCCAUAUGGAGGAACGUUUGGAAAUGAGAAGCCAAAUAGCCCAAUGAUGUAUCCUCAACCCUAUAACAACCAAAAUUCUAUUGUACCUCCAAUAGGAAAUAAUCCAUCCAAAACCACUAUGAACAACUACCUCCCUCAAAGCCACAUAAACAUGAUAAGUCAGCAAACCAGCAAUCUAAACUCCAACUCAAUCAGCAAAACACAAAGUAUGCUCAAUUAUGGUAAUACAAAGCCACUGACACAUUUUAAUGUGGAUAUGAGUCAACGAAUGACUCCUCCAAUUGCCAACCAAAACAAGAAUGCCAUGUUACCAUACAUACAACAGCAGCAGCAGCAACAGCCUCCAAUGCCACCACAGAUGAGCCAUUUGAGUGAGGAACAGAAGCGCAUACUUAUCAUGAAGCAGAAGGGACUUUUGAAUCAGCAGAUGGGUUAUGGAUCUCUCCCGAAUCAUGGCCAGGAGCAGAGUCCUGUUGGGAUGUCCAGGCCUGCUGGUCCCAUGCAACAGUCUGUGCCAGGAGCCACGGCAAACCCAGGAGGACCAGGCUUCAUAACCAGCCAGCCCCAAGCCGCUAUGAUGAAGCAGAUGCUGAUAGAACAGAGGGCUCAACUACAUGCCAUGGAGCAGCAGAAACAGCAGUUUCUCAGGGAGCAGAGACAGCAGCAGCAGCAGCAGCAUAUCCUGGCUGAGCAGCAGUUACAGCAACCACACAUGAACAGACAGCAUCUUCAGCAACAGAGGAAUCCAUAUGGAGUGCAGCAAGUCAGCCAGUUUCAAGGGUCACCACAAGACAUUGCAGUGGCUCGAAACCAAGCAGCACUUCAGAAUAUGAGAGCAUCUCGGAUGAUGGCCCAAAACACUGGUAUGAUGCCUAUGGGUCCUUCACAAAACCCAGGAACAAUGCCUACUGGCCCUCUCCAGCCUGAAAUGGGAAUGGCUCCCUAUAGCAACACAUCAUCAAGUCAGCCGGGAAUGUAUGGCAUGAACGCAGGAGUAAACCAAAUAAUGCAGCACCCAAACCAAAACUUAAACAUGAGCCAUGGUGCUGUACAGGGUCCACGGCAACCAAAUUCUGGACAGCCGCUGGGCAUGGUUGGCGGAUUUGGUCAGAAUAUGCUUGUAAACUCUGUGAUGCCUCAACAUCAACAAAUUAAAGGACCUAUUGGUCAACCCAUGACCAGAUCUCAGGCUCCAAGACUUCAAAACAUGAUGACAUCUUUACCGCAGGGUGCACAAAAUUGGACUCAACGUGGAUUACAAGGCAUGAGAACUAGCGGUGAUAUGGGGGCUUAUAACAAUGGAUCUGUUUAUCCAAUGCAGUCUGGACAGUCAAGGAUAAGCAAACAGCAUUUUCAACAAGGGAUGGGCCAGAGUGUUGUUGACAGCACAGGAACAGUAAGAGCCCUAAACCCUGCAAUGGGCAGACAAAUGAUGCCAUCAUUACCUGGACAAGGCACCAAUCAGCCAAGACAAAUUAUGUCUGGCAUGAACACUGGAGUCCCAACCAUGACAGGAUUUAAUCAGGCUCCACAGCAAUUACCCACUGCAAAUUUUCCUCAGAGUAACCAGAGUCAGGCAUAUGACCGGAAUCAAGAAAUGUCAUACAGCUACACAGAUUCCAGCACUGGACCCUUUCCAGGUCUACCAGAUGGCACAGACCUUGUAGACUCAAUUAUGAGCAGGGGGCCAGGAGAUGAGUGGAUGCAGGAACUCGAUGAGUUAUUUGGAAAUCCGUAAAAAAAAAUAAUCGGAACAAUUACAUAAAAGUUUUAAUGUGCUAAACAGAAAAGAACAGCAGUCACAGCACCCCAUAUAUUUCUUUUCUGUGUACAUAAGCUCAACUGCGGGCAGUUACAAAAGCAUUUGGUGGGAAAGCAAUGCUGUCAAUGUGGGGAGAAGGUUGUCUUAUAGUCAGUAGCUUAAGAUGAUAGAUGUUAAUGGUAACGGUGAUGUGAAAGCGUUUGGUUUAUCCUAUUAUCACUGGCUUGGAUUCAUGCAUUACAUACAAGCAGAAGACAACAGUGUGGCCAAAUAUCUGCAUGGUUACCCACAAGUUUGAUAAGGGUCUUACCAAGGAAGCAGACACUUCCAUUACAGUAAAUUAACUUAUUUGAUUUUGAAAAUAUAUAUGGCUAACGGGUUUAGCCAUUAAAUAUCUUGCUAUAAAAUCAGACAGGGAGGCAGAGUUACAAAGUGCCACACUUCUACAUUAGAGUACAAGACAGGAAACAGUAAAGAUAUAUAUACUACUCGAGAAUUUAGAGAGCUUAUAACUAUGGCAGGAUCCUAAAAUUAUCACAAAAUAAAGUUUGGUUUUAUGAUGUAGAAUAUACCUUGUAUAGACUACACAAUAAAGUGUAUAAACUGGCACCACUAUACCAAUAUAAAUAUAUAUGUAUUAGACUAUGGCUGAGAAGUUUUGCCUAUAUAGUAGGGACACCAUAAUAAAGCAUCCUUGCUCAUUCCUAAGAGAAUUUUGCCUAGAGUUAGUAGAAUGAGCCAACUGGAUAAUUCUCCCAUUUCUUCACCAGUUCCUGGGUCCGUACCCAGAAAUCUUGGACUGUUGGCAAGUAUUAAUUAAGUAUUCUUCAGUCACAGGCAGAUUGUUUGAGGGUGAUCAGCAAAGCCACGAAUAGUAAUAAAAAGACUCGUUAACAGCAUAUUCGGGUUAAUUAUUUCUUUUUAGCCCUGCUAUUUCAAAAACAUUUGAAGCAUUUAUUAAGAUGAAAUUGAAAAACAAACUGUGGGGAAUUCCAGCUUGAGCAUUUCAGCAUGAUAUUGCAGCUAUUUCCUACGCUGCUGUUAGGACAAUUAACCUUGGUGCCAAAACACAGAAAUGUUAGGUUUCUUCCCCAAGUCACUUUUUCACAAUUUUUAACUUUUAACCAAAAAAACUUGUCUGAUUUUUUAAUGCGACUAUAUUGUUCUCUGAUGUUUUUAACUAGUUACAUGAAAGACACAAUUGCAGAUGGUUUUAUUUAUUUUAAACCGAUAGGGACAGUUGGACACAAAAAACCGAAGCAAAAAACAGAAAAUAUCCUCCACUAAAAAAUAGUUUCAUGGAGAAGCAUAUGAGUUAAAUCAUACUUGCAUUUACAUCCCUGGUGUGAAGACUCAUACAGCAUCAUUAUUGCAGUAGAUAACUAUUACCACUUUAAGGAUCUGGGUCUUAAUGUCAGGCCUGCAGGGGUAAAAUAUGUUCCUCCAUCACUCCAAGAACAAAAUUGAAUUAGCAUAAAUCAAAGUAUCCCCGUCUUGUGUAAAGAAAUAAGCCUGGGCCUCCCUUAGCAGCCUUCCACCACCACUUAACCAUUCUCUUUUAUUUAUAGCCAACACCAGCAACCCAUAACAACUCCAAUUUAACACUUUUCUAACCUCCUUAAAUAACACCCGCCUAUUGCAGAAUGUAUGGAAUUAAACUUAAAGGUGAUUUACACCUUGCAAGAUACUUACAAACCUAAAACGACUCCAGUUGCUGCAUGAUUAUGAUAGUCAGGGUUUCACUACCCAUGCUCAGUGCACUCAAAGCGGCUUGGUCUCCACUAAAAGCAGUUUCAUAGAGAAAUCUAUGAGUGGAAUCAUACUUACAUUUACAUCUUUGUUGUGAAGAUUCAUGCAGCAUCCUUGUUGCAGUAGAUAACUAUUGCCACUUUAAAGCAGAGCUCCACCCUCAAAUCAAACUAUACAUCACAAGCUUUAACAAAAAUGUCAUUAACCAAGUAAAAAAAUAAAUAACAUUUUUACAUGCCUUAAAAGCGGUGUUGCUAGGCAGAAUUCCUAAUCUGCCUUCUUCCUGCACCGCGGUCCUUCUCCUCUCUAGCCUACGCCGCACAGACUCCUGGGAAUGUAGUGUCAUAAUUUCCCAGGAGUCUGUGCGCUCCUAUGUGCCGAAAACUAAUGUGCAUUUAACUAUGUGCAUAAAACUAAUGACCCACCUUAUCUAAGCGCUGUAAAUAGAGUGCUUGGACGGCGAGUCAUUAGUAGUUUUACUAGUGUGGGGAUUCUGUUAUGUACGUUGUCAUAACAACGGGGUGGGACGUUCCUCCGCCUCUGCCCGUUGUUGUGACAAUGGCACUAACAAUCGCCGCUCUAAUGCGCACGUGCGAGAUCUAGAGGUUACCCAGCAUGCACCUCUUCAAUAGUAAAAAAAAUGUACUGGGCUUCAGAUGCCCACACCGGGGAUGGAAACGGCCAGAUCUUACAAUGCAGCAAACUAGGCACGUUUUUUAUUUAUUUACCGAUCGAUUGGGUAUGGUUUAUUAACAUUAAUGUGAUCUUUAGUAAUAUACUAUUUAAAAUGCCAAAAAAUAAAUAAAAAAUAGUGACCGGAACCCCGCUUUAAGGAUCUUGUCUUAUAUUUUGCCUCUGUCAGGGCGGCAGAGGCAAAAUAUGCUUCCUCCAUCACUCCAGGUACAAAAUUUAAUUGACAUAACUUGAAGUUCCUCAGCUUGGGACAAAGAAAUAAUGGCAGCAAUACACGGUUCGAAUUCCUGCUGAACCGGCCGAAAUUCGGACUGUUAAUAGGCAAGCUGAAUGUACCAGGUUGAUCUAUCAAUUAGGUACAACCAGCCUGCCGGAUUCUCUUGCGAUUAUAGCGAUAGCUACUGGCAAUAAUCACUUCUUAUGGCUUCCCUUGCUCCUCCGCUAGGAGCAGAUUGCUCAGCAGGAGAGAUUCCCCUGUCAGCACUGUCUGUGUUGAUGGGGGAAUCGUGUGAUUUUUUUUCUGUAACCCGUGGUUGCAGGAAAGAAAUCUGCACUGUGUAUGGCCUGCCUAAGCCCGGGCCUCCCAUAACAGCUUACCACCACCACUUAACCGUUCUCUUUUAUUUAUAGACAACACCAUCAACCCUUAACAAUUCCCUUUUAACACCUUUCCACCCUCCUUAAAUAACACCCACAUAUUACAGAAUGAAUGAAAAAAAAAACUUAAAGGUGUUUUCCACCUUGGAAGAUACUUAUAAACCUAAAACGACUCCACUUGCUGCAUGAAUAUGAUCGUUAGGGUCUCACUACUCAUGCUUUCACCAAUUCAUUUCUAUUUGGAGUCCCAGUAAGCAGUUCAGAUGCCAGCAGUGUGCUCAAUGCUGCUUGGCCUCUGCUAAACAGAAGCUCCAGCAUUGAACAUUCACUGAAAGCUUUGAAUUCUGGAGGUGUGUUCUACGGAAAGAGGCAAAUCAGCUCUGAGCAACCUUAUAGAGUUCUUUAUGGGGACACUAAAAUUAACCGAUUGACUGAAGUAUAAGUAGCAUGACCCUUACCGAUAACUCAGCAUCAAGUGGAGUUUACACUUCAUAGCUAAAAAAAAUAAACCUCCUUUAAAUGUAGGCUUAUGGACCAUGGGAAUCAUAGACCCACAAUGGUAUACCAUAGUAAGAUCUUGAAUUAUGCUAUCACUGUGCUUUAUAAAGUCAUUAAAUAUGCUUCCUCCAUCACUCCGGUACCAAAUUGAAUUGGCAUAACUUGAAGUCCCUCAGCUUGGGACAAAGAAAUAAUGCCAGCAAUACACGGUUCGAAUUCCUGCUGAUGUGUUUUAAAAUCAUUACACUAUCAGGGGGUUGGAGGACAUAAGAACCCGAUUUGCCAAAGCCAAGAAACCAGGAGGUCCUAUGGCUCCUAUAGUAGCAACGGUCUGGUAACACUUAUUAGCCCUGUUACUGUUGGCUAGAUUUAUUGCAGUUGAACUCUUUGAUACAGAAAAAUUAUUUAAGGAUAUAAAAUCUGCUCUGUGCACCUAAAGCCUUUACAAACCCAGAAAUUGCCCUGCCAACACAUAGCCUGUGCAUAAUAAAGAGAUGUAGGUAGGAACUAGCAAAUCCAACCAUGGCAGGCUGACAGCAGAAAGCCUCAUUGGGGUGGACACAAGACUUACCCUGCUUGAAGAUAGAGACAACAUAGACUAGUCCUUAUUACAGGAAACCCUUGCACAAAGGCAAAGUGUAGAAGCUGGAUCAUGCUGGAUUUCUGCAGAGUUUAAAGAAAUACGCGAAGAACACAGGGAUUCAAGUAAAAAUACACAGCUCUUGAAUUUAGACAAUAUUUUGCCCAGAUUUCAACUUUAAAUUUGGUCUUUAACUGUCUCAGUCCACCAAAACUGUCAAUUGUACUGAUUUUUCAAAACUUACUUUUCAGAAGCAUUUUCUAUAUUCUUUCAGCUGUUUUUAAGACUACAACAAUAUAUAUGGAUAAUGAUUUCUUAAACCACAGCAAAAAUAACGCUGAUUGUCUGAGUAAAUGAUGUGGCAGGAGUUAGGGUUCCAUCUGUAACUGUAUAUGCUGACACCAGAAACUGAUCUAAAUACGGUAUAUACUCUUGCUAUUAGUUGUUUUCUGAGAUACUUAAAAGUGAAAGGUUACAUGAAUAUGCAAAGCAAUAUUGUCUUUUGGAUUGUCUAUAUUCGUAAUGGUAACACCAGGCUUAAAUUAUUAUUUAAUGCCAGAUUCAAAAUCAGACACAGUUUAUUUUUUUCUAUAAACAAAGCUUAAAAAUGCUGCUAUGUAAGUUCAAAGUUCGAAAUAGUACAAUUAUUAGGUAUAGCUUCUUAUGCUAUUCACAUGGACACAGUAGAGACAGCAGUUUUAGGGGCUGAAGUAAUAUUUUGAACCACAUACUGUUCAUUUUUUAAGUUCUGCGCAAAUGGGCCUUAAACCAAUUCAUAUCCAAUGUGGCCACAUUCAAAGGGAUCACUGGUGUUGCAUUCCAAGGUCAAUAAAGAUCUAAUCACAUUUGCCAAAAUGUCGGAUAAUGAAGCUAUCAUUGUUAUUUUUUCUAUUGGGAUGGAUUGAGGCAAAGGUAAAUAAAUACCUUGUGGGGUUUCCCUAGGUUUCCAGAAGCAUGGAGGGUAGAAAAAUAUAUGCUUCCUGAAUAUCCGCUUUCGGAUUUAGGAAACAGAUGUGCUGCAUUCUGCUGGGAAUAGACUUAAAACAUUUAACUGAAAACCUAAUAUCAGCUUGUCAAAGCUUGGGUUGGUCCAGGAGCUGUAUCUGCGGAUUUACUCCGGAGUACUGCCUGGACCUUGAAGAAGGGAACAUACCUCGAAAGUUUGUCACUGAAAAUUUGCAUGUUAGUGCAAAUAAAAAAAAAA